AUGCCAGCUGGAGAAAAGCAGAAGAUAGCAGAGCACUGGCAGAUGCAGCCAAUUGUGGAAGGAGUCAGAAAUGGAGUUAUGGAGGAAGAUUCAGGCUGGGAUUUAAACUCAAGCGUGACAGCCAUUCAUGCUCUUGGCCAUGCAGGGAGUAGUAGUGAGAGAAGAGACAUGCUGCCUGUACACACAGCCAAAAGCGGCCCUGCAGAGGGCAUGUCUAAUGCCCCCAUAAGGAAAAUGCAGCCAUGCUUGUACAAAGGGGAGUACAUAGUACAUCUCAAAUAUGCACGGAUGUCUGAGAGCGACUCCAUGCAGGUCAGCAGAAGAGAAGUGACUGAUGUGUACAGCCAUGUCCAAACGGUAACAGUGGGCACCAUCCAUACCAGCCCCUACCUCAUACUACCUGAUGUCAUGCCACUGGCCACCCAGGAGAGAGGUAACAAGCCCACACAGAUCUGAGAGCUAAUGAGGCUGCUUCCCUUGACAUUUGUCAAGGCAUCCAUCCAUAACAAAAAAUAACAGCUCCACCUGAAGCUUGCCACUGGCCACUCUUUUUACCUUCAACUGUGUCCCCGUUCACACAUAGAUCUUUUCACUCACUGGGAAUACCUCGUUUACACGUUAAAACCACCAGUGGAGGUUUAUAGCAGUACCCGUGCCAUUCUGGCUGAUGAUGCACUGGACAUACUUUGA